GAACACACCCUUAGAAGAUGUAGCCUCUAGGCCCUCCCGACGGUUUUAUGGCAUGACGAAAGAUUAUGCAGUCGGCAUCGGCCUCCUGCUGAUGGUCGUGUUCCUCUGGACAGCAGCCAACUUUGUCACUCAAAACCUCUUCGUGGACGGUGGUUACAACAAACCUUGGCUAAUAACGUACACGAACACUGCUGCAUUUGCCAUUUAUCUCAUACCUUCCCUUCUGCGUCACAAGCUUGAACAGCACGAUCUCAGAGACGAUAGUCAGUCGAGGGGUUAUCAGCCUUUGCAGCAAGACUCGAAUGAGAGAGAGGUGGAGAAUGUUCAGCCAGUAGGCAAUAACGAAUCCCCGCGGCUGACCACAAGAGAAACCGCCAAGCUCGCCUUUGGCUUCAGUUUCCUGUGGUUCAUCGCAAACUGGUCUUCAAACGCGGCCCUCGCUUACACGACCGUCGCGAGUGUGACUAUCCUCGCGAGCAUGAGUAGCUUUACUACUCUGGGACUGAGCUGGCUCUUUGGCGUAGAGUCCUUGUCGAUGCGCAAGGUCUUAGCAGUCGCCACGAGUUUUCUUGGUGUCGUGCUGGUUUCCUUGUCCGACAGCAACUCGAGCACAGGCUCUGGAGGCUCGGAAGCGCUUUCCGGCGAAGGCUCCAAGACUGUGUUGGGGGACUGCCUCGCACUGCUGUCAGCAUGUUUCUACGCGUUUUAUGUUACCUACCUCAAGGUCCAGAUUAAAGACGAAUCUCGCAUCGACAUGCAGCUAUUUUUCGGCUUCGUCGGGCUCGCGAGCGUUCUCACAUGCUGGCCUGUCGGUAUCAUACUUCAUCUGACUGGCAUAGAGACCUUCCAGUGGCCGUCCGCAAGCGGGGCGGUUGUGGCUAUCUUAUUCAACAUGUUCAUCACUUUUUCAAGCGACUUCUUGUACGCUAUUGCGGUGCUCAAGACCACGCCGCUUGUUGUCACUGUUGGAUUGAGCCUGACGAUCCCCUUGGCAGUAUUUGGGGAUUUCUUCCUUCACGAGUUGGCGCCAAUUCAAGUUCUAGCCGGCGCUUUGCUUGUCCUGGUGGCGUUUGUGAUAAUAGGCAGGGAGGACGCACAAGAGACUGCAGCGAAGGCGUCAGCGAGUACUGGGUCAACGGAGGGCGAGGAGCAUCUACUUCGAAGGAGCUCGGAUGGCGAAGGAGGACUCGGAGCAUCCCAUGCCUAAUAUUCUAUACACCUCUCAGGCUCAGAGCACGUAGUAGUUUACAUAUUGGUUGUUUGUAUUUGUUAUAUAUGCUAAUUCCAAGCG